GUUAAUUUUAAAGGUAUAAUCAAUUUAAAUGAAAUGUUUGAACAAUUAAAUGUUUUAGAAUCUGUUCAUAUCAUUUAUUGUCAUUAUAUAAAUACUAGUUUUAUUCAACAAAUUCUUAAUUUAACUAAGCCAUUUAAAUUAAAAUCCUUAUUCAUAGAUGCAUCAUCAAAAGUCGAUGAAUCAUUGUUAUUAUUACUACGAAAAUUUGGUGGUUAUUUAGAGAAUUUCAGGAGCGUGAAUUUCUUGAGCAAAGUUGAACAACAGAAAAUACUUGAAUCAGUUAUAGAAUAUUGUAAAAAUAUCAAAUUACUUGGUAUUUAUAAUAUGAAUGAUGAGAUUGUUUAUCCAGUACUCAAUUUGAUUGAAAAUAUGAAACAGAAUCUUAAUUGUCUUUCUAUUUGUUGUGAAAGGUCUAAAUUAGAUAAUAGUAGUUCAAUUUUAUUACAAAAUUUAGGACAAAUUCUUCCUUCAAAAUUAGAAUAUUUGAAUUUGUUUCUUUACAUUAAUGCAAAUGAUUUUGAAGUAUUCCUAAAAAAUUCCCAGGGUACUUUUAUUAAGAUAUUGUUAAUUAGAGAUCUUAUGCAAAAAUAUAAUAAUAAUAUUUUACCUUAUAUAAAGGAAUAUAUUAUGAAGGAGAAAAGAGUUAGGUAUUUGAAUUUUAAGAAUAAUGGUAAGGAAUUGUUUGACUUUAGUGACGAAGUAAAUGAAUUUAAGUUGCAUAAUAUUGAAGUUCAAAAAUAUAAUGAUUUAGUUAUUGACAAUCGUCAGCUUAUACAGAUAUUUGAUUAAUCAUUUAUUUAUGAUUUAAAAUACUAAUACUAAUACGAACAUUCAUCUUUAUAAAUAAAGCUUCUUUAUAUAUUUACUUAUCUAGUUAAAAUAUGAUGCACAUGUAUUUAUUAUUGAUUA